AGCAUAUAUGCAUAAAUCUCCAAAACAUGUUUUUGCUUUAUAUUUACCGAUAGGAUUCUGAAGUUGACUUCACUGAAAUUAAAAGUAAACUUUGCAAACUUGCCUUUUUAUUUACAGAGCUAAAACCAGUUUGUUCCAUUGAUUUCCAUAUGAUGAAGUGAUUUGCAUGGUGAAUAGAUUUCAGCCACAAAAAGCUCCUUUGCUCCAUCAGAAAACUUUGUGAAGAGUAUCCUGGAUUGGAGUGAAGCAUUUGUGUUGUGUUUACUGACACCGUGGUGUAAACUUUCCACUGUGCUAUUUCAUCCACUGUCUCACGUGUCUGCUGUGAUAGCCGCAUGUUCUCUAUCUGUGUCCUUUCAGCCCACUUGGGUAAUUUCAAACAUAUUGAUUCCCAGACCCCUGACACAGCUGGUUGCCAUGUCUGAAGAGCAUGUGCUCGGCGUUUAACAGCCCAAGGUUAUUUAAAGGGAUGUGCUAACUUUGCCCUUUUCACUGCCCAGAUAAAUUCUGUCUGCUUCGGUGGGUGUUUGUGCGUGGUGUGGAUGCUCAAUGUUGGCCAAUCGAUGGCCAACAUGCAGCCAUGUUGUCUCAGCUUCUGUGUCUCGUUGUACGUUUGAACAGAUUGUACUGAUGUGCUUUGUCUCCUGUGACUUUUCGCCUCACCCCCGACUCCCCAGGGGCAGACAUGUCACAGUUCUCCACCAUGACAACCAGGGAGAGGAAAAUGCAGGCUGCAGCAAUCUGCAGGGAGGUUCUAGGCCAAGAAGAUGCAGAAAUGGAUCUGGGGAAGAAAGUGAAUGCUCCUAAGGACAUCAUGCUGGAGGAGCUGUCUCUUGCCUCAAACCGGGGUUCCCGUCUCUUCAAAAUGCGCCAGAGACGCUCAGAAAAAUACACCUUUGAGAGCAUUCAGAAUAAAAACAAUGAGCAGCUCAAUAACACAAAUGUUUCUCAAACUGAGAAUGGGGACGCCACGGACGGCCACAGCGGAGAGAACAACGUGGAUGUCGACCAAACGCCUACUGUGGUGUCUGACGCACCAGACACAAGCACAGUGCCAAAUCCAGACAGCAUUGCCCCAGGGUACGGAGCUCCUUUGAAAGACGUCCCUCCAGAGAAGUUCAACCUCACAGCUGUGCCAAAGUCCUACCACUCGCCUUGGCAGCAGGCCAUCAUCAAUGACCCGACCCUGGCUGACACUCUCAUCACCCAUAUGCCCGAACCGGAGCCCCGACCAGACCUGCCAGGGUACAAAAGUUUCAACAGGGUGGCGACCCCGUUCGGUGGUUUCAGCAAGGCGCCCAGACCUGCUCCCAUGAAGCCCCUCCUGGUGGAACCCCUCCCCGACUACCCUGACCUCCAUGGGGAGGCUGCGGUGGAUCGACCCUCCUUCAACAGAUCUGCUCUGGGGUGGGUGUCAGCAGGCGGUCCAGUCCCACUCCCUGCUGUUUCCCUUGAGCCUGUGCUCCCUGAGUCAGAGGACCUUUGAACCCGUAAUGAGGUCACACAGAGAUGCUGUCGACUUAGUUGCGGCACCAGAGGUUAAUGGUGGUCUAGGGGAACGUUUCGGUCAGAACAGAGUCAGGGUUAGAGAAAGUGUAAGGUUAUCAUGUAUGCAGCAUCCCGUGGUUUUCCAGGGAUGUUAACUAUUGCACUGCUUCAUCUUGCUGUACAGUAGGCAGAGACACUACUGGAAUAAAUGGAAUUCAUUGUAUAAUAAUGUGCAUAAGAAUAUUUUAUCUUGCAGACACAGGUUUUUGCUCAAUAAAAUGAUGUAGAAUGCAAGUCCAA